CCACCAGCAAAGGGCCGCAUGGUUGAUUUGUAUGCAGGUAUUGGCGCUGGAGUGGCAAUACUGGCUGCACUCUUUCUGAUAGUCUGUGUGGUGCUGGUGAUACGUUAUCGGAAGGGUGGAGUCAAUGUCGUUGCUCAGAGAACUUCAACUGGUGAGCUGUUGGAAAGCGACCACCAUGACACAGCCACAAACUUCCUCUACCUGCCAAUACGGUGCUCUUCCAGGUCAUCCGUUACAGCGACGGCAAACACUGCUUCAUUUCAGGAGUCAACCGCUGCAGCCAGCAGUGCUGAGUCAUCUACGUCGAACUCUUCUCCGAUUCCCAAUUACGACGAUGUAGUGAUCCCGUCACCCCGCACCACCACUAAACUAUCUACUGGAACAUCGUCGGCUAGACCUGACACCAAAUAUGUGGAGAUAUGUCUUUUCCCCAGCAAAUUUCCAGAUGCAGCCGUUAAGCGUGCAGCUGACAAUAGCAUUAAGCGUCCACAAGAUAUCUGUCUAGCCAACCAUGCUGGAGAGGAUGCCGAAACGCCCCCUGAAACCACCAGCGCCACCACACCCAAAUCCACCAAUGCCCGCACCACAACCACCAAUACCACCAUACCCGUCACCACUCCAAUCACUGACCCAAGUGUUUCCUUAGCUACAACAAGCACAACCACUCCUGUGUUCCAGUCGGAGGAGGAAGAAGCUCCAAUGGCAUCGAUAUCGGCAGCUGGCCAAGUAACUGUGUAUGCAGAAGUCAUUUUCCCAAAGAAGGUUUGUGAUUUGCAAUGUUCUUUCUCUCCAUAUUGAAGAGUAUUGACGGUCUGAUAUGCUUUGCUCCACACAUGAUGCACAGAGGGGUGGCGAAGGUCUUCACAGGGAACAAUAGAGCGCUGCUUCUGCUGUUGUUGUUGUU